AUGUGCUUCUUCCGAGAUGGAAUCAUCUUGAUAGGUUCCUUUGCACGAGUGGUCGAAUUUGUACUGGCCCUUCUACUAGCAGCUAUGAGUGCUACACACCAUACUCCGAGAUCUUCACCACUCCUCGCACUGCCUGCCGAGUUGCGUAAUGUGAUAUACGGGUACGUGCUGGCGGCCUCCAAGCGCAUCAUUUGCGCCCAGUUUGAGAUCGAAGAGGAUCAUGCCCACAAGUACUACGAAAAGGGUGUGCAGGUCAGAACGAGCGGCAUCGGUGCGAGCCCACACAAUAGCAAGGCGACCGUAGAGAGCAACCAGUUGCAACAUGUAUGCCGACUCCUGCGGCGCGAAACCUCGUCUUUCGUUCCCAGCAGCCACAUAGUCUUCCUGCGACGAUCAGAUAAACACUCGAUCAAGACCGCAUCUGUGACGUGCAGUCGCUGGCUGGACACACUUGCGAGAAGCCACAUCGACGCGCUGCGAACAAUCACCAUACACGAGGGAAUACCGUGGGGAGUAGCAGACCAUGACUUUGCGGCCUGCAGUGGCAUAUUCGACCUCAACGCUGUCGAGCAUCUCGCCCGUUUCUGCUCGUCUAGUCCUCACAUCCAGGUCAAGAUUUACCUAGCCCGGUUCGACAAGCAGCUGAAGGGGUUUUGCAGGAGGUCGCUCAUCGGCUACAUUGUGUCCAUGGCCGUGCGGAAGGAAGAUUGCUGCGCUGCUUACGGCUGUACUUCUGGGGAGGCGAGGGCGGUGGAGGAUGCUGUGGAGAGGAUGAGUAGCGUCUGGGGCGGGUAUGCAAAGGACAAGCCGCCUCUGCCGGAGAAUUUGAGGCUCUUUCCUGUCGGGCAGUUUCAGUGCGAUGACUGGCCGACUAAUAAAAGUAGGCCUGAGCUUCGUAGCAGGAUAAAGAGAUGGUAUGAGGAGGGUAUUUGA